AUGUCGGUGCUACUCGUGAGCAGUAGUCGCCAUCCAGACCGAUGGAUUGUCCCUGGAGGAGGCAUGGAGCCCGAGGAGGAGCCAAGUGUGGCAGCAGUCCGUGAAGUCUGUGAGGAGGCUGGAGUGAAAGGGACAUUGGGAAGAUUAGUCGGAAUUUUUGAGAACCAGGAGAGGAAGCACAGAACGUAUGUCUAUGUGCUCAUUGUCACAGAAGUGCUGGAAGACUGGGAAGACUCAGUUAACAUUGGAAGGAAGCGGGAAUGGUUUAAAAUAGAAGAUGCCAUAAAAGUGCUGCAGUAUCACAAACCGGUGCAAGCAUCGUAUUUUGAAACGUUGAGGCAAGGCUACUCAGCCAACAAUGGCACCCCGCUCGUGGCCACCACUUACUCAGUUUCUGCUCAGAGCUCAAUGCCAGGCAUCAGAUGACUGAAGAUUUCCUGUAAGAGAAAUGGAAAUUGGAAACUAGACUGAAGUGCAGGUCUUCCCUCUCACCCUUGCUCUUUCACCUCUCCUCACAGGCCCCCUCUUUCAAAUAAGGCAUGAUGGGCAGCAGAGAAAGGGUUUAUUGAUAAUGUUGCUGUUUGGUGUUAAGUGAUGGGGCUUUUUCUUCUCUUUUUAUUGAGGGGGUGGGGGGUGGGUGUGUAAUUUGUCAGUACUUUUGUGCAUGAUCUGUCUCUCCCUUUUCACACCCCUACAAUUCUCUAAAGAGGCAAACAGCCUUCCCUCUGCCUUGGAUUCUGAAGUGUUCCUGUUUGUUUCAUCCCAGCCCUGGCCAGAUUUUUUUUUUUUUAAUUUUUUUUUUUAUUAAAAGAUACCAGUAUGAGAUGAAAUCUUUCAAGAAUUUGUCCUGUAAUGUGCUGUUAAGUCUGGUAGGUUGGUCACUUUCACUGCAAGAUACAUUUAUCUACACAUUAUAUACUGGGCAUAUAAUAUGUAAAUAAAUGACUUUUAGAAGAGGGAUUUAACUGUUUAAUUUUUCAAAGUUUUGUUUUUUAAAUUCAGGGUGUUUCUGAAGUGGAGAGACUCACAAUUAAUUUACUUUUUUGUUUCUGAUGCUAGUGGCUAUAGGUAAAGUUCCCUGUCCUCUCUCUUUUCCCCAGUCAUUGACUGUAGUUAUGUAGGGUAUAGGAAGAGUUUAGCUACCUUCAUAGUGCUCCCAGGACUCAUGGCCUUCUCUUCUCAAAGCUGUGUUUCCAUGCCAAGAAAGAAACAGGAAGAAACCUAUUUUCUUUUUUAUUACCAAGCCAGGAGCAAAUGGCCUCAGCUCAGAUCUGGAGAAACAAUGCUAGAAAUUGAGUUCCUCCCUACAUGUUGACAAUAGGGAUUUGAACUGGAUUCUUGGGAUUACUAUCUAAAAAACUGGAGCAUCGAGCACUGUUUCUAUCCUGCUGGUUUGGAGUUUUUUCCAUAAUGCUACUUAUCGCCGACAAAGGCCUCUCUCCCUGUGCAUCCAUGCCUUACACCGUGCUGAACUGGAUAUUGUCCUUGUGCUGUGAAGCAUCCAACUGUACUUGGCAAGUGCAGCUGUACAGUCCUGUCCCUGUUCUGGGUAACCAUGUUACGUUCCUGAAAAGUACACAGGAGGAAAAUUCAGAUGUUUGCUUGUCUUUGUAAUGUUAUAGCACUUGUAAUUGCACCAUGGAGCAUGCUCAGAAAUAUUAAAUAUGUCUCCCACUGGGAUGUGAAAGGUCCAUCGUCCACUGAGAAGUGGUAUGGGAGAAUGCUUAAUCAGUUAUUAGAACAGCAACGUAAUGCAUUGGCUCCCUGCAAACUGUCUUGUUGGGUUUUGAUACAGGUUUGUUGCUGGCUUCAUUUGCCAAUUGUGUUGUUUAGUCGAGAAGUACGCAGAAAAGGGUCUUGAGACCGGGGCUGGGGGUGGGGGGCACUGAUCAAUCCCUGGCUUGGGACAGGAGUUUGUUGCUAUACUCUUAGUGGCAUCUCCUUUGUCAAAACAUAGCCAAGAUGUGAAAUUAAACUCGUAGUUCUCUUUAUUUAAAAAUUCUAAUAAAUACUCAAACUUUGAAAA